AUGGCCUGUUCACCCCGRUACCUUCUAGAAGGUGGAGACAGUACAGUUUUCUACACCUACUCCGGGAGCGACGGAGACAAACACAAGUUCAACACGGGAGAGCUGAAACAACUAUUGAACAGUGAACUCACUGUCUUCCACACGUCUCAGAAAGAUCCCAUGCUGCUGGAGAAGAUCAUGAAUGUUCUGGACUCCAACAAAGACAACGAGGUGGACUUCAAUGAGUUUGUGGUUCUGGUGMCGACCCUGACCGUAGCCUGCAAUGACUUCUUCUAG